AUGCUGAAACAUCAAAUAUUGGCUCCCUCUUCGGCCAUGACCCGCAGCAAAUUGUUGAAUGGGUCGAAGUAUACACAUCAUCAUCAUACAUUUUUGAACAAUUCUAAUAAUCAUUUGUGGUUGGGUAACGAAAGUUUUUGUUAUCGGAAUACUGCCAAGAAUUUUCAUAUAAAUUUAUGGAAUGGGUACUCAUCAAGUUCCCAGUAUGAAGGAGGUGGACUCUAUGGUUCAGCAAUGACCAAAAAAACAACAAUUAAAUCAUCAUCACCCGUUACUUCUAAGAAAGUUUAUGAACGCAAAAACACUCCGAUCAUUACACUCAACAGAGAGAAUGAAGAAGACGAAUUGAAAAAUUUGGGAGAUUUAUCGGAUAGGGAAAAGUUGCACAAACAUUUGGGAUUAUCAUCGGUACCAACAAAUAUCGCUCCGCAUCAACGUGAAGCUCUGGAAAUGGCAAUGGGUGAGCUUAUAGCACAAGACAAGACAGAAUCUGCAACAAACAGGCAAAAGCAGAGGAAGAGAGCUGCUCCUACAAGUAAAGCGAGAGACGAAGAAAUUAUCAAACAAAAACUUGAAUCUACAAGGAGACCAGAAGAGGUAUCUUCCUCACCACAAAUAGAUAGGCAACACCUCUCAUUGAUGGAAGCACCCAACCAGACCCUUCAAGAACGAUUUUCAAAGAAACCUUCCAAAUCCCUAACACCAACAGAACUUGCAGAGAAAACACUAGAUACUCACAAAUUUGAUCCAGACAAGCCAGAGACACUUGUUCCAUUCAAGUCUCCAAGAUUAAUCAAAUUGUGGAAAGAAGGAAAAAUUGUGCCAGAGAAUAUUCGAAACAGAUUACGAUUUGAAGAAACUCCAGACGGAUUAUUCGAUAUUUAUUUUACUGAUGAUCGUAGUUUUACCAAGUUGACCACAGCGCUUUUAACUCCAACCAGUACCUUUUUACAGCUUGAAAAAUUGAAAAUGUUAUCCGAAGAGACAGAUCCAGAAUUAUUUUUCAAAUCCAAACCUCUCACUCUCAAAAACUUUAAUUAUCUUAUUCGAUGUCAAGCCAUUCAGGGUAAAUUAGAAUUUGCUGAAAAAACCUUUGAAAAGUUGAAAAAUCUGGGACCUUCCAAGUCUGAACUCGAAUUAAUCAUACAGAAACGAAAAGCAUCACUAUUGAGUGAUAAUAGCCACAUGAAUGACGAAUUGUACUUGAUUCCAACUGAGCACACAUUUUGUGCUGUCAUGCAAGCAUGUGCUGCACAAGGAGAAUACAAAAAAGCAUAUGGAUACCUUCGAGAAAUGCAACAUGAAUAUCAAAUUAGUCCCAAUGUGGUUCCCUAUAGUAUUGUCGUUCACGCCAUGGUCAAGGCAGGCAAGCUCGAUGAAGCUUUCCAAAUGGUAGAGUUGAUGCGUUCUCAUAACCUUCCAACCGAUACAGUCCUCCACACAGAUCUCAUCAAAGGCUGUAUUGAUAAGGGAGACGUAGAGAGAGCAUGGAAUCAUUACAUGGCCAUGGGAAUGGUGUAUGGUGUUCCUCAUGAUGAAGUCACUCUCACUGUCAUGAUCGAUGCAUGUGCCAUUAAGGGACAAGCUGAGAAAGCAAUGAUGCUCUUUAGAAGAUUGGAAGAACAAAUGAUGGCUGAGCCAUCGGAGGCAACUUUCAAUUCUAUCAUUAAGGCAUUCUCGAAACGAAAGGAUCUUCGCCACAAAGCAUUCGAAAUGGCCGAUCGAAUGGAAGUGCAAGGUUACAAGCCUGAUAUUUACACGAUCAAUUCAUUGAUUAAUGCAUGUGCCGACGACGGAGAUGUUUCCAAAAUGAAAAAAGUUUUGAAAAAGAUGAAAGAUUGUGGUAUCAAACCAACAGAACACACCUACGUUUCUGUCCUAAGUUGCUACAGUGUUGCUCAACAAGUGAAAGGAAAUAGUAAUCUCACAAAAGAACAAAAUCAAAAUAUUGUUGACGCCUUAGCAGUUUUCGAAAAGAUGAAAGAAAGUAAUUUACCUGUGAAUAACUAUUCAAUGAAUGCAUUGCUUGGAGUUUUUACAAACGCACUUCGGAUUACACGAGCAGAAGAAUUCUUUGCAAGGACCUACCAAGAGCAUCAACUCGUUCCAGACAGUAUUUCCUAUGCACUGUUAGUGAGGAUGUAUUGUAGGGCGAAACGAACAGAAAAAGCAAUGGCUCUUUUUGAUGAAAUGAAAGAAAAAGGAAUAAUACCCACAUACCAAGCAUACAAGCACAUGGUGUUCAAGCUCGUCGAUGAAGGUUAUGUUGAAAAAGCACGUGAUUAUUUACGACAAAUGUUCGAAGUUGGUGGUUUCAAGUUAUCACCAAGUGACAUUAUCAAAUACAAGAGCCGAGUUGCAGGUGCUGCUCGAUUGAUUAAGGAACGAAAACAAGAAGAGAAUGUUGACGAGUAUAUCAAGACAUUUGUGGAUUUGGUAGACUAUGAUUUGGAUAAGAAAGACAAAAUGGUAGAAGCAACACCAAACACGCCAGCUCAAGCCUUAGCAAAAUCCAUCACCUCUUUCAAGUAA